AUGUCAUCCGUAGAUGAAGCUGCAGUGCCGGUGGAUAUCCUGAAACAAGAGCUGCCUCUCAAUGACUCCCGUACUGAGCUUGUGGAGCCUGUGAUUGAGACGGAACAACACGACGAGGAACCGCUGGAUGAAUUCGAGUUAGCACUACAUAAAGUACUAGGAACAAGGCGCUUUGAAGGACUGGACGAUUUGCGGAAUACAUUUCUAGCUACGACACAGCUCACAACAUCGAAUGUCGUCUCGACGGUUGUCACGGCGCUAGCAGUUCGAGGAACUCGCCGUAAACGCAGCAAGUUGUCAACACCCCCGGUGGCAGCUCCAAGUAGUAACCAGGAAACACGUGAGACCGUGUAUGGUGCUCCGAAGUCUUUAUCUGCACGGUCUAAUAAGACUCGGCGAGGGACGUCACCACACCAGGCACAGCUACCAACAUUUCGACGAAGCUUACCUGCACUCUCUAUUCCUACGAAGCGAUUACACCGUGAAUUAUUACUUGAACGACAAGCGUUUAUGGCUCAAUUAACACGUGAACGAGAGGAGAAGGCACAACUGGAGUGCUGGGCAGCGACGCGUAUCCAGGCCUGCUUUCGUGGAUUCCGUAGUCGUCCACGGGUAGUUGCGUAUGCUCGACGGAUGAAGAAGUUUGCAAUGCGGACUGCCUCCAGCAUUCGACUCGAUCUCGCUGACAUGCAGGAGAGUCUACGGAUAAGUGGUAAUCUUCCAGAAGAAAGUGAGUCUUCACUGCUUUGGAGACAAGGAGUCAAAGAUCGAGCACGACGUAAACGAGGCUUCAAAAACCGGCAAGAAGAACGCCAAAGCGCAGCCAUACGAAUCCAGUCUUGGGUUCGAAGAUUUCUUGCUAAGAUCGCGUAUCGGCACCUUGUCGCUCGAGCUCGUAAUGAGAACCAUUUGCUCGCUGUUGUCAAGAUCCAAAGUAUCUAUCGAGGUUACUACCUUCGCUCGUGGAUUGAACGAUUGGUACCAACAUUGAAACAUGAUGCUGCUGUACAGAUCCAGGCUCUUGUUCGUGGCAGCCAAGCGCGAGAGCGUGUGUCCAUGCUUCUGUUUGAGCGGAGAUGUGAAGAACGGCGACGUGCAGGACUUCCCUUUCAGGUCACAUUGGGAAGUCAAACAUCGAUACUCCACAGAAACGGCCUCAACUCUGAUAGCUCUGCAUCAUGUCUGAGAGUUUUGUACGAGAACCGGAAGUCCCGAGCCUCACUCGAGUUCAAAACCGAUAAGUGGCAGGACGAGCGGAGGUUCCUACGAAUCUAUAAUAUAUCCCAGAAACUGGCGGCUCGUCGUGCUCGACUUGUACAUCGUUGGAAUUGGACGAAGACUGUUGUUCUGGAUAAGCGGCGACAACGGCGAGUCAAGAAGGUGAUCUCGGCGUGGAUGGCCUCACCAUCCCCCGCUAAUAGGGUGAAAAGUGCCACUAGAACUGCAAAGAGUUAG